AUGCUGGUUGUGAACAAGAGCUUCGACAGGACGGUGGGGGAAGAUGGAGUUGUGAUACUGGCCACGCCCAAGCUGGUCGACGUGCUGCUGAUCGAUGCCACUCGCACUGGCCGUCGAAGACCACGCCCCGGACGGCGCGGCACGGAAAGAACUGUCGAACUGUCACCGUCAUGCCGCUGCUCUCCUUGUGCUGGUCAGACGGGGCUGCUCGACUGCAUCGCGCACGAAGUCGUACUGCUCGACGUUGCACUGUCCGGCUCGACAAUGCCCGUGCUAGAGCACGAUGCCGACGUGGAGCUCGCCGUGGAGGUGGCCGUACUGGUCGCGACCAUGCAGCUCGAGGUUGCGCAGCUCGUUUCGACCCCGCACGCGCUGCUGCUUGAUAAGGACGUGGGGCCCGCCGUGGAAGUGGCCGUGGGCGCCACUCUGCUCGAAACCGCACUGGUCUCGACCGCGCUUCCCGGGGUCGCACCGUGGUCACCUGUGUCGCUGGGCAACGGGGCACGGGAAGUCCAGGUGGUGAACUACGCAGAUGUGCAGGUGGCCACGCUCGAGCUAGCCGCCGUGCUGCUGGAGCCGCUCGUACUCGCCGUCGAAAGAGUCAUCUCGAUCACCGUGGUAUCGAAUGACCCUGGCGUGUCCGUCAGCGUCGUGUCGCGCUGCGCUGCUCGUCGCGACCACGCUCGCGCGGCUGUUCAUGUAGCUAUGAAAGUGGCCAUGGACGUCGCGCUGCUCGAGAUCGUACUGGCCGCGACCGUGCUGCACGAGGUCGCACUGCUGGUCAGUCGCUCUGCUGGUCAUGUGAUACGUGCUGCCAGACAACGAUGCACUGGAUAUCAGGCUGCAGACAUUGCAGUUGUGUUGCUGGGUGCGCUCGAGCACGCCGCCGUGCUGCUGGUGCCGCUCGUACUGGCCAUGGCGGAGCGCGUCUCGUUCAGCGUGGGAUUGAAUGACCCUGUCGUAUCCGUCAGCGUCGUGCCGCUGUACACCGUAGCGCUGGCCGGCGUGGUGCUGCUCGACAGCGUCGCACUUGAACCCGUGCUGUUCGACGUUGCGCUGCGCGUCUCGACUCCGCUCACGCUGCUGCUGCGUGCCAACGUGGGGCCGCUGUGGAGGUGGCUGUGGACGUCCAUGCUCGAGGCCGUGCGGAUCGUGACCGCAGACGGCCGCGCCUUCGACGUCAAGGGCCCGACCUCGCCCGAGAGCACUCCCACCUUGCAGCGCGCGGCCAGUGUCGGCGCCCACGAGAUCCCGACCAUCUCGCGGGGGUGCCUGGCCGUCGGGUUGGCCGUCGGGCUGGCCGAGGAAGAAGCCGUGGGAUUGGGCGUCGGGCAAGGCGUCAGACUGGUCGUGGAGCUGGUCGUGGGACCGGCCGCGGGGCUGGCUGUCGGGCCGGCCGUCGGGCAGGCCGUUAUGCUGCCGGUCGGGCUGGCCGUCGGACUGGCGGCGGGGCUGGCAGCUGGCAGUCCGGCUGGCCGUUGGGCUGGCAAUCCGGUAUUGGCCGUAAGGCUGGCCGUGGGGCUGGCAGUCGGGCUUGCCCUGGGUCUGGCCGCAGAGCUGGCCGCGGGGCUGGCUGUGGGGCUGGCCUCGGGGCUGGCCGUCGGGCUGGCCAUCCGGCUGGCCGUGGGGCUGGCCGUGGGGCUGGCCGUGGGACUGGCCGUGGGCCUGGGGCUGGCAUCCGGGCUGGCUGCGGGGCUGGCCGUGGCAGUGGGGCUGGCAGUCGGGCUGGCAGUCGGGCUGGCCGCGGGGUUGGUCGCCAGGCUGGCCGUCGGGCUGGCCGUUGGGCUGGCCGUCCAGCUGGCCGUGGGCCUGGCAGUCGGGCUGGCCGUGGGGCUGGCAGUCGGGCUGGCCGUCGGGCUGGCCGUGGGGCUGCCAAUCGUGUUGGCCGCGGGGCUGGCCGUGGGGCUGGCAUUCGGGCUGGCUGUGGGGCUGGCCGUGGUGCCCGCGGGGCUGACAGUCGGGCCCGGGCUGGCCACGGGGCGGGCCAACGGGCUGGCCGUCAAGCGGGCCGUGGGGCUGGCAGCCGGCCAGGCAGUGGGGCUGGCAGUCGGGCUGGCCACGGGGCUGGUCGCCAGGCUGGCCGUCGGGCUGGCCGUUGGGCUGGCCGUCCAGCUGGCCGUGGGGCUGGCAGUCGGGCUGGUCGUGGGGCUGGCAGUCGGGCUGGCCGUGGGGCUGGCAGUCGGGUGGGCCGUGGGGCUGUCCGUGGGGCUGGCAGCCGGGCUGGCCGUGGGGCUGGCCGUGGGGCUGGCCGCGAGGCUGGCUGUCGGGCUGGCCGUGGGGCUGGCCGUCGGGCUGGCCGUGGGGCUGGCCGGGCUGGCCGUGGGACUGGCCGUGGGGCUGGCAGUCGGGCGGGCCAUUGUGCUGGCCGUGGGGCGGGCCGUAAGGCAGGCCGCGGGGCCGGCCGCGGGGUUGGCAGUCGGGCUGGCCACGGGGCGGGCCAAAGGGUUGGCCGUCAGGCGGGUGGGGCCGGCAGCCAACCAGGCCGCGGGUGGCAAUCGGGCAGCACGGGGGGCGGGCCGAUGGCCGGCCGUGGGGGUGCCAGCCGGGCUGGCCGGGGGGCUGGCCGCCGGGCUGGCCACGGAGGAAGAAACCGUCGGGCAGACCUCGUAUUUCCGCGGCGGCGCCGGCCACCGCGCCCUCCGCCGCGAAGCCGCCGCCGCCGGCGGGGGGCCGGCAGCGGCAGCGGCAGCGGCAGCAGCAGCGGCGGCGGAAACCGCCGCCAGCCAGGGCGGCAGCGGCGGCCCAGCGCCUGCGGGGGCCGUGCCGGGCCGGCCGCCGGCCGCCUCCGACGGCGGCGGCGGCAGCAGCGGCGGCGGCGGAGGGCCGCCAAGCCCCGGCGGGGCGUCCCGCCGCGCCGCCGCCAGCUGCUUUGCAGCGGCGAAGAGCGGCCCGAGAGAG